CAGUAUACCUUGCAUGCACAACUAGACAUGAAGGCCUGUAAAGCAUGGCAGCACGCAAGAAAACUUGUCGAGCACGGUUCGCCUUGAUCCUGCUAUUUUUCGUUGCGCCGCUCGCUGUUAAGACUCAAUGGACAUUGCAUAGGUCUCGCGACCACUAUGGCGGCAUCCGUCACUCGGGCCCGCUCAGUAGAGUCGCAACAGUUGGAAACAGCUUUCUGCGCGGGCUGCGCAGUAGUAAAGAAGGGAAGGAGGCAGCGCGAUAUUGCAAAACGGGAGACUUCACAGAGUUGUAUGAGACGAUAGAGCAGGACCUGCGGCCGUGGAAGGAGACGGGCUUCACCGUGUCGCUCAUGGACUGGGUGCUGAGCGGGUUUACCAAGUACCCGCUGCGGAGCAAGGGCGUGGGCGUGGCGUUCGUGGACGGUACGCCCCACCUCAUCACGCCGCCUGCGCUCUUCAACACGGUGGGGCACCACAAGCGCCUGAUCACGGGCUAUCUAGAACUCAUGCUGCAGCUCUCGAAAACAUUCGGCGACCAGAUCCCGGACGUGGAGUUCAUCGUGACCACCGGCGACGAGCCGUCCACGCUGCUGCACCACUACGCCAACGGCUCUGACCCGGAGCGGCUGCCGGCGGUGCUGCGCUUCUGCAAGAGCGACCGCAGCCACGCCGACAUCCUGGUGCCGGACGUGCACUUCCACAUGCGCAACUUCACCAGCAACCUGCUGUCGCACGCGGAUGACUUCACGAGCGAAUGGCCUUGGGAGAAAAAGCAGCCCGUGCUGUUCGGCAGGUUCUCGCCGUACAAGCGUGCCGUCAGUAUGCGGGCGCCAGAGCUCUUCCGUUCCGGCAAGAAUGGCAAGAACAUUUGCAAGACGGCGGGUCCGGACCUGUGGUUUUGUGACGUGCGCAAGCACUUCAUUUGGGAGUGGGCGCGGGGCGCCAACCGCUCCGGGCUGCCGGUGGACGUGGCGCAGCAGCCCAAGCGCGACAUGUCCUACCACGCCUCCAACAAGUGGCUGCUGCACCUGGACGGCCAGACCUGCAGCUCGCGCCUGGAGCAGCUGCUGGUGCUGGGCAGCCUGGUGCUCAAGGAGGAGAGCGGAUACCGCGCCUUCUUCCACCACCUCAUUAAGCCCCACGAGCACUACCUGCCCUUCUGGAAAACGUCCCCAGAGGAGGCGGCAGACGCGAUCAACUGGGCGAAGGAGAACGACGGCAAGGCGUCGGAAAUGGCGGCGGCGGCGCAGGCGGUGGCCAAACGCUACCUGCACAACAAGGCGAUUAUGUGCUACUGGCUGACAUUGCUGCAGGAGAUGUCAAAGCUGCAGCGGUACCGCACGGGGCCGGACGCGGGAGACCGCAAGUACCCCACCUGGGUGCCGGUGGCAGACUACAUGGACAAGGAGGGGAGAGAGGAGCUUGCGAAGCACCACAUGAGUGCCAUGGAGUUCUGGACAUGAGUGGAGCUCAGCAGCAGCUGGCAGGCCUAGCAGGGCGCGGGUGGGGCUGCCGGCGCACGCAACGUGCUCGGAGAGUCCGAGUUGUCAUAACAUCAGCACGUUUCCGCGUUGUAGUAGUUGGAGCGGCAUGACGCUAUAGCAGCUUGCAAGUUAUUUGACAUGGUCAGGUUGCGACAUGUGGACAUGGGAAUUGCGACAUACGACAUUGCGACAUAACGCACAUACUGCCCAAACGCCUCCAAACCCGCCAAACAUAUUGUGCAUGCAUUUAAUAUGCCUCUGGUAAGGGUGGAACGCUGUGGCACACAACAAAACGUGUCACGGUUGCCACGGUGGUGGUGGCGUGGCGUAGGGUGCGGCCAGUGGGAGGAGCUUGUGGCUACGCUAGCGCAAUACACCGCCGCAAAGCUGGGAGAUGUUACUUAAAUGGGCUCUAGGACGCGUAGCUAUGCAAAUGUGGGCGAGUCUUGGUAUGUCGCAAUGUUAUAUGUCGCAUUUCACAUGUCGACAUGUCGCAACCUGACCAUGUCAAAUAAUGUGCACACAGCCAUACUGCGGUCCUGGGGCGGGAUGCGGCGUUAUCUGCGUGCGAUGCAUAUGAUAGGCGCGAUCUUGAUGAG